CGGGGCGGGGCGCGGCGCGGGGCCGGGCGGGAGGCGCGGCGUGGGCCGUGCCCGCCCCGCCGGCCGUGCCAUGCUCAUCACGCUGUGCUACCUGUACCUGUGGGCGCGCUGGGGUCGCCGGCCCGCCGCGCUCGUGUGCGCCACGGUGCAGCGGCUGCGCGCCUCGCGCUGCUCCUUCACUUUCUGCCGCGCCGCCGCGCAGCCCCGGGACGCCCGCGUGUGUCUGAGCCGCGGCGGCCGCGUCUUCUGCGUCAGCGACGGCCAGUCCAUCGAUGACCUAAACAAAUGGGCCCUGUGUCUGGUCUCUCCCCUCGUGCUGGAGGCUGAGCACAUCGCCUUCGUGACCGAGAGCGUCCGGGUGCAAGGGGGCAGCCGGCAGCGGCCAGCGGCGGCGUCUCCGGAGACCGUCGUGAGGUGGUCGGAUUGCUGCUUGCCCUUCGCAUGCAGACCUGGGGACCCCUACCAGCUGAUCGCCAGAGCAAGCGUGGCCGACUUCAGCAAGCUGGGUGUGGCCUUCAUGGAAGAUAGGCUCCAGAUGGCCAACGGGCUGGUGCCCCAGAAGAUUGUUUCGGUGCAUUUGCAGGAUUCGACUCUGAAGAAACUUAAGGAUCGGGUGUCCUCCUGCCCGCAGCCGCAGCUCUCAGAGGAACCUCACGCGCCAGACGCCACCAUGGCCCAACCUGGAGGCCAGCCCGGAGGAGGUGCGCCCGCCGAGCACUGCCACCUGCACCUCUCCAGCUGCCGCGAGUGCCUGCAGCUGGAGAACAGCACCAUUGAGUCGGUGAAGUUCGCCUCUGCCGCCGAGAACAUUCCGGACCUGCCCGUGGACUCCAGUGGCAGUGGGCAGGGCCCAGCUGGGGCUGGCAGGCCGGAGGGAGAAGCCGGCCACCGAGCCAACGUCCACUCCAAGGCCCCCAACAUCCUGGUGUUCGCGGACGCCCCUGACGGGUUCCACCGGCUGAGCGCGGUCCUGACCGACCUGGUGGACCCCGACUGCUACACUCUGUACCCGCUUUCAGAGGACAGUGCCCUGCGUGACCCCUGGGCCGACAACUGCCUGCUGCUGGUCCUUGCAGGGGGCACCCAGCCCCUGCCCGCCGCGCUGCAGGAACAGUUCCUGGCAUAUCUGGCGGGUGGCGGGAAGCUGCUGGCCCUGGCCUCCCCGUUCACCUGCGGCAGUGUCCAGCUGGCCCCCAGGCCCACCCUGCAGGCCGCCGUCCGGAGCAUGGUGUUCUCUAGGGCCGACAGCAGCCGUCUCACGCUCCGCGUGCUGGCCAGUGGCCACGUGUACCAGGAGGGGCCCGGGGAGCAGCCUGGCUGGGGCCCACUCCAGGGCCACCUGGAGGAGGGCCUAGAGGACAGGUUGAUUGUUCACGUGCCCGUUGGAACGCAGGGGGGAGAAGCCGUGCUCUGCCAGGUACACCUGGACCUUCCUCCCACCUCUCCGCUGGUGCAGACGCCGGAGGACUUCGAUCUGCUCAAAUCCAGCAAUAGCAGCAGGUACGACGUGCUCAAGGAGAUCCUGUGCGGCCUGGGGCUCAGCUGCGGCACCCACCGCCCGCCUGCCCUGACGCCGCUCUAUCUCCUGACUGCAUCCGAGGAGCUCCGGGAGCCUCUCCGGCAGUGGCUGGAGGGACGCAUGGACGCCGAGGGGGCCAUCAAGUCCAGGCAGCUCACCCUGAAGUUCGUUUCCGCUCUCACCCCGGAGCUGGAGGUCACCCCGUCCAUGCUCCCUGUGGUCACAGACGCGGAAGCCUUCUCGUCGGAGGUCUUUGACUUGGACACCUACCGGCGGAACCUGAGCACGGAGUGCCUGGGGCGGAGCAUCCUGUUUGCCGAGGUGACGACCACCACCAUGAGUCUGCUGGAUGGGUUGAUGUUUGAGAUACCACCAGAAAUGGGUUUAAUCGCCAUUGCGGGCCGCCAGACACAAGGCAGAGGGCGCGGCAGGAACGCGUGGCUGAGCCCCGUGGGCUGCGCGCUGGCCACCGUGCUGGUCACCGUGCCCCUGAGGUCCCACCUGGGACAGAGGAUCCCCUUCGUUCAGCACCUGGCGUCGCUGGCCGUGGUGGAGGCGGUGAGGUCCAUCCCCGGCUACCAGGACAUCAACCUGCGAGUGAAGUGGCCCAACGACAUCUAUUACAGCGACCUCAUGAAGAUUGGGGGCGUGCUGGUCAACUCCACGCUGCUCGGGGAGACCUUUCACAUCCUCAUCGGCUGUGGAUUCAACGUGGCCAACAGUAACCCCACCAUCUGCAUCAACGACCUGGUGGCCGAGCACAGCAAGCAGCAGGGCACCGAGCUGGAGGCCCUGCGGACGGACUGCCUCCUGGCCAGGACCGUGAGCGCACUGGAGCGGCUGAUCGCAGCCUUCCAGGACCAAGGGCCUGACGGCGUGCUUCCGCUCUACUACAAGUAUUGGAUCCACAGCGCCCAGCAGGUCCGCCUGGGUGGCGCCGAGGGCCCGGUGGUGUCGGUGGUGGGCCUGGAUGACUCGGGCUUCCUGCAGGUGCACCAGCAGGGCGGUGAGGUGGUGACCGUGCACCCGGACGGCAAUUCCUUCGACAUGCUCCGCAACCUCAUCGUACCCAAGCAGCACUAAGCCCCGAGGGAUGGGGACGCUGCUCCCACCGGGUUAAUCUGUUACUUCUCCCCCUCGACUUUCGCCUGUCCACUUCCUGGCGUUCGCAGUCUUCCUCGGGGGGCCUCGUGGGAAGCCUCCGUGAGGGGCGGCCCCACGGCCAGCCCUCGGGUUGA